AUGUAUUCUCCCAACGAAGGCUGCCUCGACCUCGGAUAUGGGUCUCCGCCCAGAGCUGGUGCCGACUACCGUAAUUUCAUCACGACUCACCCCCAGCUGCUGUCUGUUCCUCGCCCACUUACUGCGGGCAUCGCCGGUCCCAGGUCCGAGAUACUACAACUGAACGGCUGCAACCGUGGCCUCCAGCAGGGCUACUACCCAGGCGAGCUAUCGGACGGGCCUGACUGCCGAUUCCCGUUGCCCUUCGCAGUUAGCGAAGCCAGCGCGGCCAAUGCCUCGGACUCAAGCGAUCUGCAUAUUGAUGCCAUUCAGGAGGAACAAGCCACUCCAUGGGGCAGCUCUAAGCCAAUCGAGAGGGCGAACUCCGCCCGCAGCUCUGUCGGUUCGUUGGAUGACGACAUGGAAUGGGCCAUCGACUUGGGCUGGAUAACCUCCGAAGCCGGAACCCCCUCUCAGUUCCUCGAAUCGUCCGUCACGACCGUCGUCGACGACUUGGAAAAGCCAAUCAGUUACAAGGCGGCCUCUCAGAUAGUUUCCCCCGCGAAUACACAGCAGCCGACUGACAUCGUCCUCGCCAACGACACAAAAUCUGAGUCUAGCGCAGGUGUCACGGCACCGCUGUCGCCGUCUUCCCCGGGGAGGCCUAGAAUAAGCGCAUCUUCACAGUCUCUCUACGGGCUGCGCGACACUGUCUGCCGUUUGCUCGGCAACCAUCAACAAGAUAUUGCUCGUGCUCUGUCCGUCUCUGAAGAUAAGACGCCAAACGCUAGCAGGACCGCGAACCCAGUGCCGGCUGGCGAGUCGGAUUCAUAUGACGGCUCUUGGUGGAUGCUCGAAAGUGACGCGGCUUUACAAGCGUAUAUUGCAGGUUAG